AGAUGAAGACCGAGAGUACAGCUGGGAAACUGAAAAUUCUGGAAUGUUUGUCCCCUGAACGGCCCCAGGGCUUGAAGAGAGCCGUAACAUCCUCUGUGUAACAGGUACCGAUCAGAUAAGGACAGACAGACAGAGCCUGCAUAGCGACCGGGUUGUCAGAGCCACUGAGUGGCUGCUGGGGCCUCCUCCCUGCAGGGGGGCUGAACCUAAAUAAGCCCAACCUCCUAUAGACUCUGACCCUGCUGUCCCAGCCAGAGAUCUGGGAUUCACAGAAGAGAGGAAAGACAGACAGACAGACAGAGAAGCAAGUGCUAAGACAGAGAUGGGGGCCCAGCGCAGAGAGAAAGAGGAAGGGGAGAGUGAAACAAGGAGACAGACACUUGCAGAGAGGGUAGUUUGAGCAGGACCCGCUUCUGUCCACUGUAGCCAAAGAAGCAGUGUCCAGUGCGUGGAUUUUCUGCACCCACGCGUCCUGCUGUGGCUCGAAGCUGUCUCCAGGGUCCUCCGUCAGUGCUUCCUCUCUGCCAAGCUCCAGGUCCGGAGACUGAACUAGGGGCUAGAACUCUCUGCGUUCUACAGUCAUGGGUCCCAGAAUAGGAUCAGCAAGCAAGGGACCCCAGGUGCUGGACAAGGACACCCAGGCCACAAUGGUUACAGAAGACACAUCUGCAGGCAAAGCCAACCCAGAACCUCAAGGUUUGUGGUCACGUGCAUUCCACAGCCUCAAGUUCUUCCUCCUGUGCCACAGCCUGCUGCAGCUGGCUCAGCUCAUGAUCUCGGGUUAUCUCAAGAGCUCCAUCUCCACGGUGGAGAAGCGCUUCGGCCUCUCCAGCCAGACCUCAGGGCUGCUGGCUGCCUUCAACGAGGUGGGGAACACAGCCUUGAUUGUGUUUGUGAGCUAUUUUGGCAGCCGAGUCCACCGGCCCCGUAUGAUCGGCUGUGGGGCUGUCAUGGUGGCCCUGGCGGGCCUGCUCAUGAGCCUCCCACACUUCCUCUCGGAUCCGUAUCGCUUUGACCACAGCGGCUCUGAGAACGUGCUACAGGACUCCAAGGCUUCCUUGUGUCUGCCCACGACCCUGGCCCCAGCCUCGGCUCCUUCCAACGGCAGCUGCUCCAGCCACACGGAGGCCAGACAUCUGACGGUGGUGGGCAUCAUGUUUGCGGCACAGACCCUGCUGGGAGUGGGCGGAGUGCCCAUUCAGCCCUUUGGUAUCUCCUACAUCGAUGACUUUGCCCACCACAGCAACUCGCCCUUCUAUCUUGGGCUCCUGUUUGCAGUGACCAUGAUGGGGCCGGGCAUGGCCUACGGGCUGGGCAGCCUCAUGCUACGCCUUUAUGUGGACAUCGACCGGAUGCCAGAAGGUGGUGUCAGCCUGACCUCAAAAGACCCCCGAUGGGUGGGUGCCUGGUGGCUGGGCUUCCUCAUCUCUGCUGGCCUGGUGGCCCUGGCUGCCAUCCCCUACUUCUUCUUCCCCAAGGAGAUGUCCAAGGAGAAGCAGGAGCUUCGCUUCAUGUGGAAGGCCUUGACUGGUCCAGCCUCACCUGUCAGCAAGGAUGAGGACUGUCCUUCUGAAGAGAGCCCUGGGGAGCUCACCAAGAAGCAGGAUAGCCUGGCCCAAAUGGCCCCAGACCUGACUGUGAUCCAGUUCAUCAAAGUCUUCCCCAAGGUGCUGCUGCGCACCCUGCGCCGCCCCGUCUUCCUGCUGGUGGUCCUGUCGCAGGUGUGCUCGUCGUCCAUGGUGGCAGGCAUGGCCACCUUCCUCCCCAAGGUCCUGGAGCGCCAGUUUUCUGUCACCGCCUCCUUUGCCAACCUGCUCCUUGGCUGCCUCACCAUCCCCCUGGCCAUCGUGGGCGUGGUGGUGGGGGGCGUGCUGGUCAAGCGCCUCCGCCUGGGCCCCCGGGGCUGCGGCGUCCUCUGCCUGCUGGGGGCGCUCCUCUGCCUGCUGCUCGGCCUCCCGCUCUUCUUCAUCGGGUGCCCUACCCACCGGAUUGCGGGCGUCGCGCGCCCGCCGGGCGCCCCGCCGGGCCACGCACCGUUCCCCAACUGCUCAGCCCCCUGCUCCUGCCCACCAGAUGACUUCAACCCUGUGUGUGACACCAGCGCCCGUGUGGAAUACACCACGCCCUGUCACGCCGGCUGCACCGGCCACGCGUCCCAGGGGACUGUGGAUAAAAGCCAGGUUUCCUACACCAACUGCAGCUGCGUGGCGGGGGGCGGCCCGGUGGCCGCAGGCUCCUGCGACUCGGCCUGCGCCCCCCUGCUGCUGCCCUUCAUCCUCCUGGUCAGCCUGGGGGCCGCAGUGGCCAGCGUCACCCACACGCCCUCCUUUAUGCUCAUCCUGAGGGGAGUGAAGAAGGAAGACAAGACCUUGGCUGUGGGGACGCAGUUCAUGCUCUUGAGAGUUUUGGCCUGGAUGCCCAGCCCCGUGAUCCACGGCAGUGUCAUCGAUACGACGUGCAUGUACUGGGCCCAGAGCUGCAGGCGCCGCGCUGUCUGCCGCUACUAUGAUCACGACUCGCUCCGGAACAGGUUCAUCGGCCUCCAGUUUUUCUUCAAAACAGGCAGCCUGGUGUGCUUCGCCUUAGUUUUGGCUAUCCUGAGGCAGCAGAACAAAGAAGCAAGGACCGAGGCCAGCGUAUCCAGUCCUGGUGCAAUGCAGCACCUGCUAGCAUCAGGGGUGGAGAAGAAGCCGGAGGAGUCCAGGGUGUGAAUGGCCCUGGCCCCUGCUCUGGUCAAAAUGGCAAACCCACAGCACCCCUCUGAGCUUUUAGCCAAAGACUGAGUGUCCCAAAUACUGUGUCAUAAUUCUGGCUUCUCUGCCAAAUGGCUGAGUGACUUUGGACAAGCUCCCGGCCCUCUCUGGGCUUUUGUUUGCCGUUAGAACCAGAGCCACUGGAAGUUGCUGUGGUGGACGCUUCUGAAGCAAGAGUGUCUUCUUCAUUACUCCUGGGAUCAAACUGACGACUUGGAACCAAACUUUCUUGAGCAAAGGAACUGAAAGCUUUACCCGGCAUGGGGAAGUAGGCCAGGGUGGACCAGGCCGGCCUCCACAGGAGCCUCAGCCAC